AUGGCGGCAGAUCUGAAGGCCAAAGGGAAUGCCGCCUUUUCGAGUGGAGAUUACGAGGAAGCCAUAAGAUUGUUCACGGAGGCGAUUGGACUCGACCCCGGCAAUCACGUGCUGUACAGCAAUCGCUCUGCCGCCCAGGCCAGCUUGAAGCAGUACGACAAGGCACUUGAAGAUGCAAAAAAGGUUGUGGAGCUGAAGGCAGACUGGCCAAAGGGCUACUCCAGGCUGGGAGCUGCCUACUUCGGUCUGAAAAAACAUGAAGAUGCGAUCGAGGCGUACGAAAAAGGAUUGGAGUUGGAUCCCAACAAUGAGCAGUUGAAGGCAGGGCUGAAAGAUGUAGAGGCUGCCAACCGCGGACCUGCCGGUGGACUCUUCAGCUCUCCAGAAUUUUUUGGCAAGCUGGCCAUGAACCCGAAGACCAGGGCAUAUCUGGCCCAGCCGGACUUCAUGACCAAACUGAGAGAGCUGCAAAGUGACCCUAGCAGCAUAAGCAGACAUAUGAGUGAUCCAAGAAUAGCAGAGGCCUUCUCUGUUGGUCUGGGGAUGUCGUUCAUGGACCCUAGCAACAUGGCUGGGAUGGCUGGUGCUAUGGGUGGCGAAAAUGGAGCUUCUUCUGAGCAAGCAGAAGAACAGGAAGCUGCGAUGGAAGAGGUGCCUGAUGAGCCUGAGGCUCCCCCUGCACCUGUUGAUGAGGAAGAGGAAAAGAAAAAAGCCAGCCAGGCUGCAGCCCAGAAGGAGAAAGAGGCAGGAAAUGCUGCAUACAAGAAGAAGAACUUUGAAGUAGCCAUAGAGCACUACACAAAGGCUCUGGAGUUGUGGGAUGAGGACAUUUCCUUCUACACCAACAGAGCAGCUGUGUACUUGGAGAUGGGAAAGUAUGACACCUGCAUUGAAGACUGCGACAAGGCCGUGGACCGUGGCAGGGAAUUGCGCACUGACUACAAGCUCAUCGCACGUGCGCUCACACGCAAGGGAAAGGCACUCGUGAAAAUGGGCGAGCUGCAGGAUGCCAUCGCCAUCUUCAACAAAUCGUUGACAGAGCACAGAAAUGCAGACACGCUGCAGGCACUGAACGCGGCAGAGCGCUCUCUGAAGGAGCACAAGGAGAAGGCAUACAUCGACAUGGAGAAGUGCGGAGAGGAGAAGGAGAAGGGCAACCAAGCAUUCAAAGACCACCAGUUCCCAGAGGCAGUCAAGCACUACACCGAAGCAUUGAAGCGGGGCCCACCUGAGGUCAACCCAGAGGCGUACAAGCUGUACAGCAACCGUGCGGCUUGCUACACGAAGCUUGGUGCUCUCAACGAAGCGCUAAAGGAUGCGGAGAAGUGCAUCGAACUUGAGCCCACGUUUGCAAAGGGAUACUCCCGAAAGGGAACUGUCCAGUUCUUCAUGAAGGAGUACGACAAGGCGCUGGAGACGUAUCGACAGGGACUGGAGCAAGACAAAGACAACGAGGAACUCAGAGACGGCAUGAAGCGAUGUGCAGAAGCCAUAAAUAGGUUCAAUCGGGGAGAUGUGAGCCAGGAGGAGCUAAAAGAGCGGCAGCAACGCGCCAUGGCAGAUCCAGAGGUUCAAAACAUUUUGAAAGACCCCAUCAUGGCUCAAGUGUUGAAUGACUUCCAGCAAGAUCCGAGGGCGGCACAGAAGCACCUCACCAACCCGGAGAUCAUGAAGAAAUUGAAUAAACUCAUAUCGGCGGGAAUUAUUCAAGUAAAAUAG